UUCGUUAAAGCUACGAACGUACACAUUACACCUGCUGUGUGAGCGAGACUGAUUCUGACAACUUGUCAACCAAGCAACAAGAUUAUUUUCUGAGCGAUUCAGAUUGUAAAUGUUUGUUGCUUAGAGAUACUACACUCAGUCACAGACUUACUGAAGAUGAGAUCCAGCCUGGGGUUAGCCUGUCUUCGCUGCUUCAUCACAUGGAUGAGCUUGGUCCAUGCAACCCAUGGACCUAUGUUAAGCUGUUGCCUUAGGUGGUCCAAAACCAUAGUCCCACUUAACCGAAUCAAGCAUUACAUCAUCCAGACUGAAGGAAUCUGUCCCAGAAACGCUGUAGUGUUUCUGACGCAGUCUGGACUAAGACUUUGCGCCGACCCUGGGAGCGACUGGGCAAAAAGAGCCAUGCAGAAGUUGAACGAGAAAGCAAGAGCGUUGCUAAAGGUGAAACAGAAUGAACAGGAAUCAACAGGUGGCAUCACAGCAGCAAUGUCCACUACACCAAAAAUGGAGCAUGAAAGAAGGGCAGGACAGGAAAGAGGUGGCAAAGGAAGAGGUGGAGAGGUGCUGAAGGUGGAACAGAAUGAAGAGGGAUUAACAAGUGGCAUCACAACAGCAAUGUCCACUACACCAAUAUUGCACCAUGCAGGAAGGGCAGGACAGGAAAGAGGUGGCAAAGGAAGAGGUGGAGAGGUGCUGAAGGUGGAACAGAAUGAAGAGGGAUUAACAAGUGGCAUCACAGCAGCAGUAGAACAGAAUGAAGGAUCAAUGUGGCUGUGUCUGCUAGCUAACCAGUAACGUGCUACCUAGCUGGCAUGCUGGUGCUAACCAGCCACAAUAGCCCAUUAGCUAGCUUGGCCAAAGGCACAAUAAGUUUUGUUGUUUCUGUCAGGGCAGGGUCAACAUGUUCUCACUCCCAACUCAUCACAUAUGGACACUUGGGCUGCGGUGCAACAGUCCUUUUUGCUUAGGAAGGUUCCAAACUGAGUGAGAUGAGCCAGAAGCAUCUCAGUGGCAGCCAUGAUGAGCUGGUCCAGUUCUCUAAAUGUUAAGGAAAGGAGCUCCAGUGCUUCCUGUCUUAUCUCCUUUAGCAUAGGAUACACUGGACCUUCCUUUACAAAAGGAAAGGAGAGAAUGCCGUCCCAUAAUGCUUUGCAGCUGCAAUGUUUAAAGCAGCGUACAACAGAGCACCUGCUCAAUGUUUGUGACACGAUCCAAAAUCCUUCCACCUUCUAAAAAAAUAAAUUUUCUUUACUAAAUAAGGUCAAAGCAACAGGAGACCUUAUUGAAUUGUAGCCUACAGCACUGAGUUUGUCACUGUACAUGUCUUCCACAUGUUAUAAAUAA